UUAACAAUUUCAGGAAUUUUUUUGUGGACACUAUCAUCUAUGAUGCCAGUGUGAUGCAUUGUGAAAGAAGUAUUACUGCUUCGUUCUUCUUUGGGCUAUACGACAGCAAAGUGAUUGUUGGUUGAUAGCCAAAAAUUGCUGGGCAUUCUUGCAUACCUUUCUGCUUGAAUUUGCUUGGAAUUUUUGGUUUAUUUUUUCGAAGUGUACCCACCACUGUCAAUCUGUGAUCUCUCAGUAGUUCUUUUGCCAAAGGUACGCUAGUGAACCAUUUGUCCAGGGUCACAUUUCAUCCAUUACCUGAUAUGGGAGCAAUUAGCUACUUGUCAAGUGCGUUAGUCGAAGUGUCUUGAUAAAAAGGUCCUUCUGGCUGUUUACCAAAAUAAAUCUCUAAUUUUCUGGUGUAAAAUGUAACAGCAUCUACUAAAGAAAACACCUUGCUUCCGUACUUUGCAGGUUUGCUGGGCAUGUAUUGAUGAAAUCGACAGGAUCCUCUGAAAUUCUGUAGCAUCUCAUCCACUAUAACGUUCACUGUUUCUAUAAUGUUUCUCGUAAUCAUUGACAAAGACAUAUAAUCACCUGAUCGGUGCCAACUUGUCUGUUAUAUUUCGCUCUCAACGUGUGUGAACAUCAUCAAAUCUAAGAGCUCUAAGUAAAAACUGAAAUUGCUGUUUAGAUAUAACAACACAACGGAAAUCAAGGGCUGUUCCAUCAGUAAUCCAAAUGUAAUCAAUCGAAGUAUGUGAUGACUUACGUACAUGAUGCCAAACAAAGAUUUAAAAAGAGUCAAAUUUGUAAGCCUGUGUUCUCGUUGUCUGUCAUAAUUUAUCCACAUUGAUGUUAUUUUUAUAUUUGUGCAGUCUACUAUGUGCUGCAACAUUUCCAAGUCAAUAAACAAUAACCAAGAUUCUAAAGAGUUACUAACCUCAUUUGCUGCGCCUUGGGGACUUGGUUGUUUUGUGACAAUAUUAUGAAGUCAUAUUCUAGCAGCCUGUUGGUAAGGAGUGUAGGUUCCAUCUUUUUUUGACAGAAUAGAAAUAAUGUGACGAUAAAUUUGAUAAUGAAAUGCCAUCUUCAUCGCUAUAUGAAGAUUCUGGUGAUUGAAAAUGGUCUUGAGAACUGUUAUCUUUGGGGUCUUGCUUUGACUCUGUGCCGUGACCACUAACUUCCUCCGGAAAAUCGACAUUCUCUUCUUCAUCUUCCUCACCACCAAUAAUUUUGUCAUUUUCCUCUUCCAGCCAUCUCAGAAUUCAUUCAUGCUAUCAUUAAUCCAUGUUUAUUUUAUUUGAACUGUUCUUCAACAGAACGAAUCAUUGCUAUAAAUACUGUAACAAAAGAAACUUAAAGUCACAAAACAAAUAAAGAAACCUGUAGAACUUCACUUAACGCUAGUCCUCGCGUGGGGUCCCUAGAGCCUCGUGCAGAAACACAUGCCUGUACCUAAUGGCACACGUGUGCAGAGUGAUUGUUGCCAGCAUGGUUGUUAAGUAUUGUUCCUUUUAGGAAGCUACCAAGAGUAACAGAUUGCUGGAAAACUUUCAAAAUCUGUCAUUAUUUAAAAAAUGAAAAUACUGACACAACUGAUUGUAAAGGAAUAUGUCUUUGGGAGUGUUGCAAGAUUCCUGUCUUCUAAAGUGCCACAGAAACCAGUGUACUCAGUAACAGAAAAGCACUCACUCCCACCAGAAACAAAAAUUGACCAAAAUACCAUAGAACUUCUUGAAAGAUUGUCACUAGUAGAUUUUGCAAAUGAGAGAGGGAUUGAACAACUUGAGGAAGCUAUAAGAUUUGCAGAUCAGAUUCGAUUGGUUGAUACCACAGAUGUGGACCCUCUCAUAACAGUUCUUGACAUGAGUUUAUAUCUUAGAGAUGACAAAGUUACAGAAGGAAACUUACGGAAGGAUGUUAUGGCAAAUGCUGCUGUAACAGAGGAAGAAUAUUUUGUUGCUCCUACAGGAAACAUUCCAUUUACAGCAAGAGACAAGAAAUCUGAAGAGUGA